AUGAUUCAAGCAGGAAUUAUUGAGAAAGCUGUCAUCCUUGUAGUUGAGAACGCUCUUGGUAACCCACGCGUCGUUAAGGGCACAUACAAGAACCUUGAUGCACUUGCCAAACGCGCUUCUUCAGGUUUCGUAUCAACAUUCAAGAAUUCUAAGGAUAUUGUUUACCAAAUGUCUGGCCUCCUUGUCCGCCCAGUUAACGAGGUCCUUGAAGACUUAGGCAAGAUCAAGUUGACAGUCUUGAAGACCCAUACUGAAUUCAAUCAAUAUGGUAAAGUUGAAUCGAUUGAAGGCCUCGAUGCCAAGAAGAUUUUCGACUUAAUCAAUGCUAAGCUCCCAGAAAGCUCCAUUAUCAUCGCCGAAAUCCCAACAAUUCAGAUGGUCGAUGAACUUGUUGGUCUCCUCUUACCAAAGAUCGAUGCCGACAAUGUUGCAGUCUCUACACUUUACGGCUACAAGGAUGGUGCUAAAGUCCCAACAUUCCCAGUUCCACCUGUUGUUAACCCAUCUUGGAAGGUUGUUGGCCCAAAGGUUGUCGAAGAUCUUUCCGUCGAGCAUCCAAUGAUGGUCGUCACUGCUUCUAAGUUCUUAACAAGAGUCGAUAAGGUUCAGAACUUCGAUGAAGACGAUAUCGAAGAAAACUACUGCAUGGGUUGCGAGCCAAUCUGCCAGUACUUCCGUGAAUUCACAUACUACACUGGCUCAUCAUGGAAAUAUGGUGCUUAA